GCAUUUUCCAAAAAUGACCCAUUUAACACAAACAAUCAAACGCGCCCCAAAAUCCAAUCCCAAGCUCCCAAAAACCCCAUCUCUUUUCCAUAAUUAGCAACAUACAUCUCUCCGGCUCAGAAUCGGCCGUCUCUGUGGUGAUAUGGAGGAAUCGCCGGCCGGGAAAGUCAUGGCGCCGUCACUCCAGCUCAAUGGCGAGAGGGCCGUAGUUUUCCUCUAUGUUGGUCGAAUUCUCUUCUCCUGUCCCCUCUCUCUCCUCCCCGAGGCAUUUUCUCUCUCCUUCCUAUCCCUAUUCGCUCUCUCUGUUGAGAUCACCGCCGAUGAUACCUCCCGUCCUCUGGCGCACUACUUGAAGACCAGGCCUGGAGCAUCAUCUGGCAUUUUCUUGGGUGCAGUUACAGUGCCCGGUCUCAUGGUCUCAAAGUUGAUACAGACUCUGAGAUCAGCAUCAUUGCAAAAAGUUCAAAUAGAGGAGUUUGAAUAUCUCAAGUUGCAGUAUUGGGCCGCAGCAGUCAGCUGUCUUAGUGUGCUAAUUUACCUUUCCCUUGUUUGUCGACGUCAGGGGAAGAGAACUAGUUCCAUGUUUUCUAGCUCCAAGUGGACUCCAGAGUAUAGCUUCAUCAGCAUAAUCUUUCUUGUAGGAUUUAGCUUGGCAUCAUUAUCUGGGAAAAUAUAUGGUGGUUGGUCUCUAGUGUUGAUGUCAUUGUGGGUGCUCAUUCAUGGAUUAGCAGAGGUAACAUUAAUUCAGAAGAUCAUUCACAUGUUCCCUGCAUGUGCUUCCCUAGGAGAAUCCCUUCUAGUGACCACUGGCCUUGUAAUCUAUUUUGGCGACAUGGUUGCAUAUACUGCUGCAAACAUCUCGUAUUUGGCGUCAUCCAGUGUUCUCAAUGUACGGUAUGGGUUCAAGAGAAGUGAGAUAAGCAUCAUUAUUCAGGGAACGAUUUUCGGGUUGCUUCUUUUUCCUAUGUAUUAUAAGUAUGUUAUCAGAAUGUGGGAGUACUUGGUCAGCUUGGUUAGCAAGGGAGAUCACGGAAACAACGAGAUGAGAAGGUCCCUUGUUUUCUAUGCUUCAAUCACAUUUAUGUUGGUUGUGGCUGUCCCUUCGUGGAUGCAAUUUGUGCAUGCUUUUCACGCACACCCAUUGCUAUGGGUAGCUGAAUUUGUUUUAUCGGAACCACAAAAAAGGCUCUCGCUCUGCCUCUAUUGGCUGGUUAUCAUAUCUGUGUCGGUUAGACGAUUUUACAAAAUAUCAAAGAAUAGUAAGACAGAAAGGAUACUUCUUCGCAAAUACUAUCAUCUGAUGGCUGUAUCAAUUUUCAUUCCUGCUCUUUUAUUCCAGCCGAAGUUUCUUGAUCUUGCUUUUGGGGCAGCUCUGGCAGUUUUCCUUUUAUUAGAAAUUAUACGAAUAUGGAAAAUAUGGCCAUUAGGUCAUGUAGUCCACCAAUUCAUGAAUGCUUUCACAGAUCAUCGUGAUUCGGAUCUUCUUAUUGUCAGCCAUUUUUCACUGUUACUGGGAUGUGCAAUUCCCAUCUGGCUGUCUUCGGGUUUCAAUGAUCGACCACUUGCCCCUUUCGCUGGAAUUCUGAGUCUUGGUAUUGGGGAUACUAUGGCAUCCAUGGUUGGCCACAAGUAUGGAGUUCUUCGGUGGAGUAAAACUGGAAAGAAAACAAUUGAAGGCACUGCUGCUGGCAUAACUUCAGUUCUAGCUUCGUGUUUUCUUCUACUUCCACUUCUAGCAGCAACUGGCUACAUUUUCACUAUGCACUGGGUUUCGUUGAUUGUGGCAGUGACCACAAGUGGCCUGUUGGAGGCCUACACAGCUCAGCUUGACAAUGCUUUCAUACCUCUUAUUUUCUACAGCCUGCUCUGUUUGUAAAGUGCAACCUACAGCAAUCCUACACCAAAAUGUGAUUUUUCACAGGGUCAAGUUGCGAUAGUCUCACUUCUUGGCCACAUUCUUUCGAAUUAUAUUUUGUCGAUCAGAAUUGACCUAAAGUAGUACUACAUAACAUGUACCUUAGUGUGUUGUUGAGUAGGGAGUGUGGUCUUGCUUACUAAUCUUACACUUGGUAUAUAGGGUUUCGGUGAUCCCUCGGUUUGGACCAUUUUUGUAUAAUAUUUUAAAAGUGCUAUAAUCAAAUUAAUGUCAUGUUAUUUGAUGCUCUUUUUGUAGAUGUAGAGUUGACAUGGUAUGGUAGAAGACCGAUGUAUACCAACAGUAUUUUGUUAAUUUUUCUUCUCUUGCCUAUACCCUGUGUUGUCGUUCUUGUUGUUUUUCUUCUUGUUUUUUUGUUUUAGUACAGAUGCAAGCUUU